UUUUUCUUAAAAACUUUAGAAACAUCACAUAAUUUAUGCUUCCUUGCUAUGUCUUUUAAGACUACAAAUGUGAAACACAGUAUACAAGCAACUAGUUUUAACACAGUAUCCCAGUUGCUUCUAUACUGUGUUUCGUUGUAAAUCUGAAAGCAACAGGCCUUUGGAUUGGACUAUUAGUUGGUUCUGCAAUACAAGCAACUAGUUUUUCCCUCAUACUAGGUUUCACUGAUUAGCAAAAACAUGUCUACUUUUAUUUGUUUCUCCUACUAUUCAUAUUUUGAUCCUUUAACUCUACUUAUGUAUUGUUUCACUCAUUGUUGCAGGCAAUAAAGGCUAAGAAGAGGGUAUCAGAAAAGAGAUCACCAGAAGAGAAUAAUUAAAGGAGACAAAUUCAAUAAAAUAAGAUAAAAUCGAGAGCCACAUUUGCUUAUAUAUAAUUUUAACUUGAUUUUGAGUACACGCAUUAGCAGAAUUUUUAUAUACUAUCGUGUAAGGCACGGAAAACUCUUUCCAAGGAGCAGUGGACUGACUUCAUUAAUAUAAUUAAUAUGCAUUCAAGUAUUCACCAAUGAAUGUUAUUUAAUAAUGACUGGUUUUUCUGCAUAACAUAUUUAGUUGACUGAUUUUAUCGAAACAAAGGCUUAAGAGCGAUUUUAUUGAUUCAUAACAAAGUUGAAUGACUUUACUAGAUGAAUUUUUCAAGUUGAGUGGUGACCUUUUGAGAUAUCAACCCGACCAUGAUGAACGAAUUUUCGUAUACAUAACAGAUGAAUAUAAUGCAUUUGCAACAACUAUUUAUUCUUGUUAUGGAUGAAGGUUGCUUCAAAUUUAUUAUCUAGUUUCUCAUGUGUUUUAUUUAGUUCCUUGUUAUGUCUGUUGAAAUAAAUUAUAAUUUCUUUCCUAUGUUGCCGGCCCGCUACACAGAUACGACACUAAACAUCGUGAUUUGGGGACCAUCUUCAAAGAUUUGUUUAAGCGUGAUUGGAUCAUCUGGAUUAAAUAAACCUUAUCUAUGUGGAGCAUUGACUGGUGGUCUAACAAAUAACAUUAUAUUAUUAAUUGUAUAACACAAUUUUAAACAAAUGAAAGGGACUACAGAUGUGACACCUGAUACGAAGAAACUAUUUGUUGGUAUCUACAGUUCGAUUGAAAUCAUAACUGCUGCUGCAUAUAGUUGUAGAGCUGAAUCCAUGGAAGAGCAGUUGCUGGAAAGUGAAGAGAAUAGAAAAUGGAUAAUAACAACGGAAUGGGAAACGUAUUGUCAAGAGCUGAAGAAGUUGAGUUAUAUAGCAGCACCAAUGGUGGCAGUUUCCGUAUUGCAGUAUCUAUUGCAAGUUGUAUCAAUGAUGAUGGUUGGACAUCUAGACCAGAUAUCACUGUCAAGUGUUUCUGUUGCUACUUCUAUAACCAACGUUACCGGCUUCUCUCUUCUUUCAGGGCUGGUUGGUGGUUUGGAAACACUGUCCGGGCAAGCAUAUGGUGCAAAUCAAUGGCAAAAAGUCGGUACUUAUACUCACAGUGCAGUGAUAUCUCUACUUAUUGUGUGCAUCCCAAUCAGCGUCGUGUGGCUCUUCAUGGACAAGCUGCUCAUUUUAAUGGGACAAGACCCUGUAAUUUCAGUUGAAGCUUAUAAGUUUUCUUUGUGGCUUAUCCCUGCACUAUUUGGAAGUGCAAUUCUUAGGCCCCUACUUAGAUAUUUGCUGAUUCAAAGUUUGAUUUUUCCAAUGCUCGUAAGCGCCUUUCUGGCUCUAUGUCUCCACAUAUCUCUAUCCUGGCUUUUCAUAUUUCAUUUAGGAAUAGGAAAAUCAGGUGCAGGUAUAGCCUUUAGUUUUUCAAUCUGGACUUUUGUGGCAUCACUUGUGGUUUACAUCAGUCGAUCGAGUUCUUGUGAGAGGACUAGAACUCCUCUGAACAGAGAUGCCUUCCUUGCUAUCGGACAAUUCUUUCGUUAUGCAACUCCAUCCGCUUUAAUGGUUUGCCUUAAAUGGUGGUCACUUGAGGUGCUUACCUUGCUAUCUGGACUUUUACCAAAUCCAAAACUUGAAACAUCAGUACUAUCAAUAUGCUUAACGAUUUCUGCAUUGCAUUUUGCUCUUCCUUAUGGAUUGGGAACUGGUGUGAGCACGAGAGUAUCUAAUGAACUGGGAUCUGGUAAUCCUCAGAAGGCUCUAGUGGCAGUUAGAGUUGCAAUGUUUCUUGCAGUUUCAGAAACAGUACUGGCAAGCAUAGUAAUAUUCUUAUGCCGCGGAGUUUUGGGUAAAGCCUACAGCAAUGAUGAACAAGUGGUGGAUUAUGUUGCUAGAAUUACCCCUUUUCUGUGUCUAACAGUCAUCACAGAUAGCUUCCAAGCAGUCAUUUGUGGAGUAGCUAGGGGAAGUGGAUGGCAGAUAAUUGGUGCAUAUGUGAAUCUAGGAGCAUUCUACCUAGUUGGAAUCCCAGUUGCUGCUGUAAUGUGUUUUCUUGUAAAUCUGAAAUCAAAGGGCCUAUGGAUUGGACUAUUGGCUGGUUCUACAAUACAAGCAACUAGUCUUUCACUCAUACUAGUUUUCACUGAUUGGCAAAAACAGGCAAUCAAUGCUAAGAAGAGGAUAUCAGAAAGGAGAUAAUAAGACAUUACCCAAAAAGAUACUAUCUUUAGCAGCUAUUAAUUAAAGACAAUAGCUUGAUUACUGUUAAAAUUUUUCUUUAGGGCAUGUUCGGAAAGUCAUCCUAUAAUUGGAAUCAGUGUAAUUUACUAGGGUAGUAAUUACAUGUCUACUAAUUACACUGAUCAGUUUGGUUGUCACAAUGUAAUUACACAUGUUCUGUUUGGAUGCACAA